CUAGGCACGUUCAAGUCUGAUGAUGGGGACUAUUUUGUAGAGCCGCUGCUAUCGCUCGAAGAACAGGAGUAUGAAGAAGAGCACAAUAAACCACAUCUAGUCUACCGACACCGGACACCUCCAACUAACUCUUCAGGGGACAGGCAGACUUGUGAUACUCCAGAUCACGAACACAGUCACAAAAAGAACAAGCGGAAACACUGGAGAAGACAGUGGGCAGAAGGCAGCAUAUUAUCUGACAUGGAAAUGUUGAAACGCAGCCUGGAAGUGAAUUCGUUUUCUGCGGAUGGCAACAAGACUGGGAACGUCGGUGAAAAGAAGAGCCACAAACGAACCAAGCGGUUUCUCUCCUACCCUCGGUUCGUGGAAGUGAUGGUGGUGGCUGACAGCAGGAUGGUCGCCUACCACGGGGCGAAUCUGCAGCACUAUGUCUUGACGUUAAUGUCAAUAGUGGCUUCUAUCUACAAAGACCCAAGCAUUGGAAAUUUAAUUAAUAUUGUUAUUGUGAAAUUGGUUGUGAUACAUAAUGAACAGGAUGGUCCUACAAUAUCUUACAAUGCCCAGACAACAUUAAAAAAUUUUUGCCAAUGGCAGCAAUCCCAGAACCACCCUGAAGGAAGUCACCUUCAACAUGAUACAGCCGUGCUUGUUACCAGACAGGAUAUUUGCAGAGCGCACGACAAAUGUGAUACUCUGGGUCUGGCAGAGCUGGGCACAGUCUGUGACCCAUACAGGAGCUGUUCAAUUAGUGAAGAUAACGGACUGAGCACUGCUUUCACAAUAGCACAUGAGCUUGGCCAUGUAUUUAACAUGCCGCACGAUGACAAUCAUAAGUGCAAAGAAGAUGGAGGUAAAAAUCAACAGCACGUCAUGGCUCCAACACUGAACUUCUACACCAAUCCCUGGAUGUGGUCAAAAUGCAGUAGGAAAUACAUCACUGAGUUUCUGGACACUGGUUAUGGGGAGUGUUUGCUUGAUGAACCUUCAUCAAGAACUUACACGUUGCCUCAGCAGCUCCCGGGGCUGAUUUAUGAUGUCAACAAACAAUGUGAGUUAAUUUUUGGACCCGGAUCUCAAGUGUGCCCAUAUAUGAUGCAAUGUCGGCGACUGUGGUGUAUUAACAUCGACGGCGCACACAAGGGAUGUCGUACCCAACACACUCCUUGGGCUGAUGGGACAGAAUGUGAGCCUGGAAAGCACUGCCGAUUCGGGAUGUGCGUGCCCAAGGAGCGAGAGGCGCCGGUGAUCGACGGAGCAUGGGGUACGUGGAGCCCUUUCGGGACCUGCUCCAGAACCUGUGGUGGUGGCAUCAAGACGGCGAUCCGGGAGUGCAACAGACCUGAGCCUAAAAAUGGUGGGAAGUACUGCGUGGGUCGUCGCAUGAAGUUUAAAUCCUGCAACACCGAGCCGUGCUCAAAGCUGAAGAAGGAUUUCCGGGAUGAGCAGUGCGCCGACUUCGAUGGCAAACACUUCAACAUCAACGGGCUGCCCACCAACGUGCGCUGGGUCCCCAAAUACAGCGGCAUCCUGAUGAAGGAUCGGUGCAAGUUGUUCUGCCGAGUGGCGGGGAACACGGCGUAUUACCAGCUGCGGGAUCGCGUCAUCGACGGGACGCCCUGCGGCCCCGACACCAAUGACAUCUGCGUGCAGGGUCUCUGCCGGCAAGCUGGAUGCGAUCAUGUGCUGAAUUCAAAAGCAAGGAGAGAUAAAUGUGGUGUUUGUGGUGGGGAUAAUUCUUCAUGCAAAACUGUUGCAGGCACGUUUAAUACGGUGCAUUAUGGCUAUAACGUUGUGGUUCGCAUCCCAGCUGGUGCAACUAAUAUUGAUGUGCGUCAGCACAGUUACUCAGGGAAACCAGAGGAUGACAACUACCUGGCCUUAUCUAACAGUCAAGGAGACUUUAUAUUAAAUGGAGACUUUGUCGUCAGUAUGUUUAAAAGGGAAAUCAAAGUUGGGAAUGCUGUGAUCGAAUACAGCGGAUCGGAUAAUACUAUUGAAAGGAUUAAUUCUACAGAUCGGAUUGAGCAAGAAAUAACGCUUCAGGUUUUAUCAGUGGGCAAUUUGUACAAUCCUGACGUUCGUUACACGUUUAAUAUCCCCAUUGAGGACAAACCUCAGCAGUUUUACUGGAAUGCCUAUGGCCCGUGGCAGCCCUGCAGUAAGCUCUGCCAAGGAGAACGGAAAAGGAAACCUGUGUGUACGAGAGAGUCGGAUCAGCUCACGGUGUCGGACCAGCGAUGUGAUCGAAUUCCUCAGCCUGACCCCAUCACCGAGCCUUGUAGCACGGAAUGUGAAUUAAGGUGGCACAUUGCGAGGAAGAGCGAGUGCACGGCCCAGUGCGGGCUGGGGUACCGCACCCUGGAGAUCUACUGCUCCAAGUACAGCAGGCUCGAGGGGAAGAUAGAGAAGGUCGACGACCGUUUCUGCAGCAGCCAGCCCAAGCCGAGCACGAGGGAGAAGUGUACUGGAGACUGUAACGUGGGAGGGUGGCGGUACUCGGCCUGGACCGAGUGCUCCAAGAGCUGCGGCGGGGGCACGCGGCGGCGGCAAGCCAUGUGUGUGAGCACCUACAACGACGUCCUGGACAACAGCAAGUGCAGUCAGCAGGAGAAGCUGACAGUGCAGCGAUGCAGUGACUUCUUGUGUCCCCAGUGGAAAACUGGCGACUGGUCCGAGUGUUUGGUCACCUGUGGGAAGGGGCACAAACAUCGCCAGACGUGGUGCCAGUUUGGAGAAGAUCGAUUAAACGACCGGUUUUGCAAUCCCGAAACGAAGCCGGAGUCAGUGCAGACGUGUGCUUCGUGGCAAGUGGGACCCUGGGGCCAGUGCACAGUGACCUGUGGCCAGGGCUACCAGAUGAGAGCGGUGAAGUGUGUCGUGGGCACCUACAUGUCGGUGGUGGACGAUAACGAGUGUAAUGCUGCAACCAGGCCGACUGAUACCCAGGACUGUGAAAUAGCAGCAUGUCCUCCCCAUCCAAAUAGUCCUGAAGCCAAGAGAUCCGUAUCAGGCAUUCACAGGACGCAGUGGAGAUUUGGAUCCUGGACACCGUGCUCCGCAACAUGCGGGAAGGGUACCCGAAUGAGAUACGUCAGCUGUCGGGAUGACCAGGGCUCAGUGGCCGACGAGUCAGCUUGUUUCCACCUCCCGAAGCCGUCAGCCACAGAAAUUUGCACCGUGACGCCAUGCGGGCAGUGGAAGGCCUUGGAGUGGAGCUCUUGCUCGGUGACUUGUGGUCAAGGUAAGGCAACGCGACAAGUGAUCUGCAUCAAUUACAGUGACCAGCUGGUGGAUAGGAGCGAGUGCGAUCCAGAUGACCUCCCUGCCACUGAGCAAGACUGCUCCAUGUCUCCUUGUCAUCCAAACAGCCAUGACUACGGCAGGCCUGUCCACCCUUUCCUCUAUCCGGAUCAUCGCCUGAAACUGCACCCCGGAGGCAGCUCAAACCGAAACCGUGCACAUGUACCGGGAGGCAAUCAGUGGAGGAUCGGUCCUUGGGGUGCUUGCUCUAGCACGUGUGCAGGGGGGUUCCAGCGGCGGGUCGUGGUGUGCCAGGAUGAAAACGGAUACACCGCAAAUAACUGCGAUGAGAAAAGCAAACCCAUGGAGCAGAGAUCGUGCGAAUCUGGCCCCUGUCCUCAGUGGGUUUAUGGCAACUGGGGAGAGUGCACGAAGCCAUGCGGGGCAGGGACAAGGACACGGCUGGUGGUGUGCCAGCGCCCUAAUGGAGAAAGGUUUACGGAUCUGAGCUGUGAAAUCCUUGACAAGCCGCCGGACAGAGAGCAGUGCAAUGUGCAGGACUGUCCUAGAGAUGCUGCCUGGAGCGCUGGUCCUUGGAGCUCGUGUUCUGUCUCCUGUGGAAGGGGCCAAAAGCACCGCAAUGUGUAUUGUUUGUCAAAGGAAGGGAGGCAUGUAGAAGAAGAUUAUUGCAAGCACCUUGCUAAGCCCAACGUGCAAAAGAAAUGCAGAGGGGGCAGAUGUCCGAAGUGGAAAGCAGGAGAUUGGGGACAG